AGAUAAUGAAACAUAAAUGUCUAGAAAAUUUCUAAAGUGCACAGAAUCAAAUUACAGUCAAAUUUUGUACACGUAAAAAAACUGAAAUGCUAAAUUACUAGACAAUCUUUUGCUUAUAGCUGCACAGAGCACAGCCCCCAUGAGUUAUGUUGUGCUCUUCCUAUUUAAACCUAUCAAUCAGCACUUCCUUUUCGCUAUCUAAGAACUCUCUCUCUCUCUCUCUCUCUCUCUCUCUCUCUCUCUCUCUCUCUCUCUCUGAGAUUCCAAACACAGAACAUGAGUGCAUUUAGCUUCAGAAGCCUCACAUUUAUGAUGUUUAUUACCUUCCUAAUUUGGUCAUCUCAGAUAGACACUUGCAAUGCCAGAAGAGGCAAGCAUUGGAGGCAAAGCAGAGCUAGCUCGGCUUCUCUGUACAAGAAGAAAGGAAAGAAUCACCACCAGCACCAUGGCAAUAACGGCAAAUCAAAACAUAAACAUUCAUCACCAAAAGCACCUCCAGUGCCAGAACCAAACAUUCCACCAUCCCCGCCAAAGCAAAGUCCUUCCACCGUCUUCAAUGUACUAGAUUUUGGCGCCAGGGGAGAUGGAAUAUGCGACGACACAAAGGCAUUUCAAGCAGCAUGGGCAGCUGCUUGUAAAGUAGAGGCAUCAACGAUGAUGGUCCCAUCAGAAUUCACGUUCCUUGUGGGACCCGUUUCAUUCUCUGGUUCUAAUUGCAAUCCAAACAUUGUCUUUCAGCUUGAAGGCACAAUUAUUGCUCCAAUGAGCUCUAAAGCUUGGGGUUCAGGUCUCUUGGAAUGGCUUGAAUUUACGAAAAUGAUAGGAAUCACAGUUCAAGGAACAGGCACCAUUGAUGGAAGAGGCUCAGUCUGGUGGCAAGAGUCCCCUUACAAUGACCCCCUAGACGACGAAUCAAAACUAAUUAUCCCAUUAAACAACACGGUUGAAGAAAACUCAUCAAUUCCUAUAAGCAAUUCACUCGGUGGGAAAAUGCCAAGCAUAAAGCCAACUGCACUUAGAUUCUAUGGGAGUUUCAAUGUGACGGUCACGAGCAUAACAAUUCAGAACAGUCCCCAGUGCCACCUCAAGUUCGAUUUCUGCACAGGAGUCUCAGUUUUUAAUAUGAAUGUCAUAUCUCCUGGUGACAGCCCCAAUACUGAUGGCAUCCACCUACAGGGCUCCAAGGAUGUGUUAAUCCGCAGUACUAAUCUUGCAUGCGGAGAUGAUUGCAUUUCUAUACAAACAGGAUGCACAAAUGUAUACAUACACAAUGUGAACUGUGGACCUGGACAUGGAAUCAGCAUUGGAGGGCUAGGAAAGGAUGGCACCAGGGCCUGCGUCUCGAACAUUACUGUCCGAGAUGUCAAUAUGCAUAACACAAUGAAUGGUGUCAGGAUAAAGACAUGGCAGGGUGGAUCAGGGUCUGUACAAGGAGUACUGUUCUCAAACAUUCAAGUAUCUGAAGUUGAACUACCAAUCGUAAUUGACCAAUACUAUUGUGACAAAAGGCAAUGCAAGAACCAAACAUCUGCUGUGUCCCUAUCAGAAAUCACGUAAAAGAUAAAAGGAACUUACACAGUGAAACCGGUACACCUUGCUUGCAGUGACAACCUACCAUGUGUGGAUGUCACACUAACUGACAUAGAACUAAAACCACAACAAGAACAGUACCACAUGUAUGAUGUCUUCUGUUGGCAGACUUUUGGAGAGUUGAACUCUCCCACUGUGCCUCCAAUUGGUUGUUUACAUGUUGGCAAGCCAUCAAACAACCGGAUUCAAAAUGAUCAUGAUUUAUGUUACACGUAGCCUAUGUAUAUUCUGGUGUAGUUACUUGUGUGGUCAGCGUGAUUUACUGGCCCCUUUCACACCAUUAGAUAGAGAUGUAAUAGUGCAUACUAUAGUAGCGGUAGUUUUAGGGAUUCUUCUUUACUAGGGUUACAUUUGUUCUCAUUGUGUGACCAUACAACAUUGUUAGUAACUAAGAGUUUGAUUGUAGGUGUAAUGCAGCCUUAUCUGCUAAGGUAAACUGUCUGUUGUCAAAUAUAUAUACAUGUGUAUCUAUGAGAUGUGUGAUAAAAUAAAUCACCAAUUAAACAUGA